AUGGCACCUCUUACUCCUCACUGGUCUCAGCCCUCUCAUCCUUCCAUUCAACAGGUCAUCAUCCCUUCGGACCCCAGCGACUUCACCACAAAGUCCAUCUCCAAGGUCACCCUACCUCCUUACGCCCUCUUCGCAAAGCUCUCCUUCCCGCCCUGCGCCAAAGCCUCCGAGCCUACCUAUGCAACGGUGCAAGUAGGGCGCGAUGAGCACGUCGACUUGAACAGCGAUCUGGUGUAUAUAAACCACAGCUGUGAGCCGAGUGUCAUCUUCGACACCACCUCCCUCUCGAUCCUCGCCGGUCCCCACGGUCUCAAAGCAGGCGACGAGCUGACUUUCUUCUACCCCAGCACCGAAUGGGACAUGGCACAAGGCUUCUCCUGUUUCUGCAGAGCAGCAACCUGUCGAGGAUUCGUCUCCGGUGCGAAGAACAUGAAGCCCGAGCAGCUUGACGGCAUGUGGUUGAAUGCACAUAUCCGAUCCCUUCUCGAGGAACGCGACGGCGUCCCUUCUACUUCUCUGAGUAACCUUACUCUUGCUCCUGGAAGUUCGGAAAAGGGGAAAGGUUUGGCUGUGAACGGCACAAAGGAGGUUGAGAAUGGUACUGCAGGAGAGAAUGAUCUGACAGAGGAAGCAUUGAAGUCCGCCUUGGACCAGGCUAGGAAGAUGGUCGACGCAGCCCAAAAGGCACUAGACACCUACAAAUCUCUCCACGGCCGCUCCAGCGUCGAUGAUUUGGCAGGUACUGGGGGCAAAGGAGCGGUGAGACAGAAUGGCGUUGGUAGUAGGGAAUUGAGUGGGGAGAUGGGUGGUGAUACUCAGGUUGAGGCUUAG